CCGUCUCCCAACAUCAACGAGGUCAACAACACCACAACACUCAACCUUGUUUCUUCACUCCAAGGAUCUCGGCAAAAUGCCGUAAAUAAUCAAUGAUGAGCCCCGGGAGUUAAAUCCUCUCUUCCCAGACAACCAUAUGGAACGAUCUCCUCCUAUUGACGGAGACAGCGACCCUCGCAGCUGAACCUGAGCCCGUGAUUGAAGCUGAAUCUCAGGUUCUUGAGACUUCAUUCACCGAGGGCGGCUUACAGGAAGCAAAAAAUAUCUGGGAUCUUCCCGAGGCAACUCUUUUCCAGCCUCUUCCCUCCUCUUACCUCGAUAAGAGCUUGAAUGAGAGCCAGCAGCAACUGCAUGGGCUUCUCAUGGUAUCUGUGCAAGAAGCCAGUUCUUCGUCAUCGCCACAAGGACCUCCUGCCAUGGAUUUCAACCAACUGAAGGGCUGUUCUGAAGAAUCGCCGUACCAGCUACAAGAUUUGUCUACCAUGGAUUUCCAACCGGAGAAGUCCCCAACGCCUUCACUGUCCACCCAACCGACUUCCAAAGUCAAUGGAGCACUAAAUCACUCCCUAAGGUCAACUACGCAGUCAUCUGUGUCAUCAGUUCCUCUUUAUUCAGUAUCAGCUCCAACAGUCGAGACAAAUGUCCAGACAUCUGCGAUUAUCAAGGCGGCUCAAGAGGCCGGUUGUGCUCCCAUCUCAGCCCUGAACCUCCACCCAACGUCAACAGCUCUGGCUACGAGAACCACUGAAGAUGUCAUCGCAGACCUCAAACGCCCUCAACAAUACAGUGUCGCAUCCUCCGAGCCCAAGCGCCGUUUAGGCUCCUAUGCCAGUAUACAGUCGUCCGUUACCUCUGAGCAAGAAAUCUCAGAACAAGCUCCUUCGGAACUCGCUGCAUUGUCGAUCAAUACCCCAGACGAGGAACAGGAUAUUAUUGACGAUGAAAGCGACAGUGAUGAUGCUCAGCCUGCGGGUAGACCACGCAAGAUCACCGAACGCAAGCGUAAGCUCAACGCCGUGGCUGACGAGCAUUUGCAGAAGCUCCUCGAGAGUUCAACUAAGGAGGCUAUCAAGUCUCGACCUCAAGAACAGCAGUCUACUAGAUGGCUUGUUGACCAGGCAGAGAACAGAGUCAUCAUCUCGAGCCCCCGUGAGUAUCAGGUAGAACUUUUCAAUAAAGCUGUUGAGAAGAAUAUCAUUGCAGUCCUCGACACAGGAUCCGGUAAGACACUGAUUGCAUUACUACUUCUUCGUCAUAUUUUUGCCCAAGAACUUGAGGAUAGAGCCAAGGGGUUUGGAAAGCGUAUCUCAUUCUUCUUGGUUGACUCUGUUCAACUCGUUUUCCAACAGCAUGCCGUCUUGAAGGCCAAUCUUGACCAACCCAUGGAUAUGUUUUGCGGUGACAUGGGCAUUGAUCUUUGGAGUAAGGGUCUCUGGGAGAAGCACAUCGACAAGAACAUGGUCAUCGUUUGCACAGCAGAGGUUCUUCGCCAUUGCCUGCAUCGUUCAUUCAUCUCCAUGUCCCAGAUCAACCUCCUGAUCUUCGAUGAAGCUCAUCAUGCCAAGAAAGACCAUGCCUAUGCUCGAAUUAUCAAAGACUUCUACGUCUCUCACGACAAGAACCAUCGUCCAAAAAUCUUUGGCAUGACGGCUUCUCCAGUCGAUGCCCGUGUCGAUGUAAAGAAAGCCGCGUUUGAGCUUGAGGCUAUUCUACAUUCCGAAGUCUGUACAGCGAUUGAUACGAGCUUGCUGCAAUUUGCUGCAAGCUCGAAGACAGAGAAAUUGGCCGCUUACAAUCAGCUACCCCCACCAUUCCAGACUCCACUCUAUACCCAAAUGCAUGAUAGGUUCAAGACUAAUUAUGUAUUGAGGAAACCUCUCACUUUUGCGUUUGGGGCUACGAAGGAGCUGGGAUCGUGGUGCGCUGACCAAGUCUGGCCAUUUUGCCUUGCAGAAGAAGAAACCAAGAAGUUGAUGGCCAAGACUGAACGUAAAUACCAUGCUAAGAAGAUCAAUGACCCGCUCGCUAUUCUCGAAAAGCAAAAGGCUCAGAUUCAACAAGCUCAGGACAUCGUCAAAUCUCAUGUCUUCGAUCCUCCCGACUUCGACCCUGCUACAACAACAGCGGGCACUACCAACAUUUCAUCAAAAGUUGUCGUGUUGAUUCGAUACUUGAGAGAGAGAUUCGAACGUCCCACAGACGACAAGUGUAUCGUGUUCGUCAAUCAGAGGUACACUGCCCGCUUGCUUGCUAGGCUCUUCAUGCAACCUAAUAUUGGCACACCCCAUCUGAGAGUUGGCACAUUGGUAGGCACCAGAAGUGGAGAAGCUGGUGAUUUGAACCAGUCUUUCCGCGAUCAAGUUCUAGCCAUGACGAAUUUCCGCAAAGGUGCCAUCAAUUGUCUCUUCGCCACAUCCGUCGCCGAAGAAGGUCUAGACGUACCAGAUUGCAAUCUUAUCAUCAGAUUUGAUCUCUACACCACGCUGAUUCAGUAUAUCCAGUCCCGGGGUCGUGCGCGACAUGUCAAUUCUCGGUAUAUUCACAUGUACGAGGAUGGAAAUCAGGAACAAAUGCAGAUCAUCAUGGAGGUACGGAGGAAUGAGAAGAUUCUGAAGACAUUCUGUGAAAGCCUGCCUGAGGACCGCCUUCUUACUGGGAACGACAUUGAUAUGGAUCAUUUCCUGGCCAAGGAAAAGAGCCAUCGAGUCUACAAGACCCCAGCCGGUGCGAAGUUGACUUACAAGAUGAGCCUCAUGGUUCUCGCCAAUUUCGUCGACUCGCUGGAGAGUGGAAACGAGACCAAUCUGCAACCAGAAUAUGUCAUUACCGUCCAAAACAAACAAUUUAUUUGCGAGGUCAUCUUACCUGUGAAGUCACCGAUCACGGGUUCCCUCGGUCGUCCAUGCUCCACGAAGCAAGUGGCGAAGUGCUCCGCAGCUUUUGAGACCUGUCUUGAGCUGAUCAAGGCCAAGCAUCUAGAUGAGCAUCUACUGCCAACCUUCACCAAGCAACUACCCGCGAUGCGUAAUGCUCUCCUUGCUGUCGACUCUAAGAAGCGAGAAGCAUAUGAUAUGAAAACCAAGCCAGCUUUAUGGUCUGUAGGUGGUAUCCCGGAAGAGCUUUACGUCACUGUAUUGAAGCUGGUAAACCCGGAGGUCUUGGAUCGACCUUCACAGCCUCUUGUUCUUUUGACUCGCUCCAGACUGUCCCAGCUCCCAUCGUUCUUCCUCCACUUUGGUGGUGGUCGACAUUCCGAGGUAGCUUGGGUUUCUCUGUCACGAUCUCUCACAGCUACCCCAGAACUUGUCGCCAAGGUCAACACCUUUACUCUUUGCAUCUUCCACGAUGUAUUCAGUAAAGAGUAUGAAUCAGAUGCGUCCAGGAUGUCCUACUUCCUAGCCCCCGGAUUGUCGCUUGCUAGCGAUGCAGAUGUCGAUCCUGCAUCUGUGGUUGCAUGGGACGCGUUGCAGUCUGUUGUAGACCACCAAGCUAAGUGGGGAGACAAUCCAUGGGACAACAUGGCCUGGAAGACUGAGCCCGACGAGUUCUUCAAGGACAAAUAUAUCGUCGAUCCGUAUGAUGGAUCACGGAAGCUGUGGACGGUCGGCGUCACUCGCGAUCACGUCCCACUGGGUCCAGUUCCGCCCAACAGUGCUCCUCGUAAGGGUACUCGGAAGAACAACGACAAUAUCAUGGAGUACAGUUGUAGUCUCUGGGCAAAGGCCAGAUCACGUCGGACCUUCGAUGAAAAUCAACGUGUCAUUGAGGCUGAAUUCAUCUCACUUCGUCGUAACUUGCUGGACGAGUUCGACACACCAGAAGAGGAAUCACACAAAAAGUGUUUCGUCAUUCUCGAGCCGCUUAAGAUAUCUCCACUCCCAACUACUGUCGUUGCUAUGGCAUAUGUUUUCCCGGCUAUCAUUCAUCGUCUAGAGUCAUACCUGAUUGCUCUGGAAGCCUGCGAUUUGCUGCACCUCAAGAUCAGCCCCAACCUAGCUCUCGAAGCUUGCACCAAGGACUCCGACAAUUCGGAAGAACAUGGUUCUGAGCAAAUUAACUUUCAGCGUGGGAUGGGCAAGAACUAUGAACGACUCGAGUUUCUAGGCGACUGUUUCUUGAAGAUGGCAACCUCGAUUUCUCUGUUUGGUAUCCAUCCAGAAAAUGACGAAUACAGCUACCACGUCGAUCGAAUGUUGUUGAUUUGCAACAAGAAUCUCAAGAACAACGCAAUGAAGCUCAAGCUCUAUGAAUACAUCCGUUCCCAGAGUUUCAAUCGUCGAGCUUGGUAUCCCGAGGGCCUGGUUUUGAAGAAGGGCAAGACAGCCACUGCACCAAACACACACAAACUUGGAGACAAGAGCAUUGCCGAUGUUUGCGAGGCUUUGAUAGGCGCGGCAUUAUUGACAUACCACGAGAGCAAGGAUAUGGAUACUGCUGUGCGUGCUGUCACUGAACUCGUCUCCAGCGAAAAUCAUCAAGUCACUUGCUUCGCCGACUAUUACAAGCUUUACACGAAGCCAAAGUAUCAGACUGCUCCUGCUACCGAGAUGCAGCGCAACCUCACCUGGCAACUUGAGCAGAAACACCCGUAUCACUUCAACUAUCCCCGCCUUGCUCGCUCAGCCUUCACCCAUCCCUCAUACCCCUACUCGUAUGAACACGUCCCCAGCUAUCAACGUCUAGAGUUCCUUGGCGAUUCCCUUCUUGACAUGGCUUGCGUCAACUUUCUCUUCCACAAUUUCCCUGACAAAGACCCUCAAUGGCUCACCGAGCAUAAAAUGGCGAUGGUAUCCAACCAGUUUCUCGGUGCCCUUUGCGUUGCUCUCGGCUUCCACACCCAUCUCCUCCUCUUCAACACCGGCUUCCAAAAGCAAAUCUCCGACUACGUAUCCGACAUCACCGAAGCCCGCAAGCAAGCCGAAGAAGACGCCAUCCGAGCCGGAAAGUCCCCCCAAGACUGCACUCCCGAUUACUGGGUCUCUGUCCGGCAACCUCCCAAGUGCCUCCCCGACAUAGUCGAAGCCUACAUCGGCGCCAUAUUCGUCGACUCUUGCUACGACUACUCCGUCGCCGAGGAUUUCUUCGACCGCCACAUCAAAUGGUAUUUCCUCGACAUGAGCAUCUACGACUCCUUCGCCAACAAACACCCCACCACGUUCCUGACCAACUUCCUGCAGAUCAACAUGGGUUGUGCGGAUUGGAGCGUUUUGACCAAGGAGUUGAAGAAUAUUGAUGGAGCCAAGCCGACGAUUGUCGCGAUGGUUAUUGUGCAUGGGAAGGUCGUGGCGGAUGCGCAGGCGGAGAGCUCGAGAUAUGCGAAGGUCGCCGCGGCGAAGAAGGCGAUGAAUCUUUUGAGUGGGCUGCCGCUUACGGAGUUUAGAGAGACUUAUAUGUGUGAUUGUAAGCCGGAGGAUGUGGAGGAGAAUGAGGAUGGGGAGGGCCACGGUACUGCUGUUUAGCUAGCGGCCUACUUUUUCCUCCUGGGACGGCUUUCUUAGAUCUUUGCAUUCUUCUGAGCAUUUACACUUGCAUUGCAGCCAGUAUUAGAGGUAUACACGGGAUAUGAAUCAAAAUCAGUACGCGCAUUCAGCAAAGGUGUUUUUUUCUAGUCUGCAAGCUUUACCAUAGACCUCAGUUAUCCACAAUGAUAGAUAGUCCUAUUUCGUGGGCAUGACAGUGAUUGGCAGUACCUCACCCCACGGGACUUCAAUAAAC